CUCUUCCGUCCGUCGCCUCUGCUUCUUCUUCUCCUAUUUCUCUCCAUAAUCGCCUGCUUCCCAUGCUCUCCUUUACCACGACGCCGACUCCGGAUCCUAGCGUCAGCUCUGGCUGUCCGAUCUGGUUGUCCGAUCUGUAGAGUCGGACGCCGGCAGCCUCAAUGUCAAUACGAUUCAAGCCUGGUCCGCUUUGGCGCCGUGCCACCACGUCACAAACCCCUUCCUGAUCACAAAACCAUGAUGAAUGGUUCUUGUCGGACGCAAGAGACUCAGCAUGGCCGCCUAGUCCCUCUGUCUCCCUAUUCAAGUGAAUCAGCUUCGUGGCCGAUUGUCAAUUUGACACACCCUGGCCGCGCGACCGAGACAGCGCAAAACUGACCAGAAGACUUCUUGGCAUAACCCUCGCGUUUGCUUGAUAUAACUCGAACCGAGCCAUGGAAUCAUUGUCUUUACGAUAUUGCUGAUUCUCAGCUUGUUGUUGCGCAGUCCUGGGCUGGCCAUCGUCUCACAAGGACGUGGUUUCUCCUGAACACGCGACGAAGAGACGCAAUGGUGUCGACGCAGGUCAAGAGCGCUACAACAAGACCAGGCAUUGUUUCCCAAGUUUUGAGCAUGUUCAUGCGAUGCCACUGUUCAUCUUCAGCACUGGAAGCGCUCUUCAUGGAGAUUUGUCCAUGUGGCCGAGACGCUCAUGUGACCACAGAGCCGCAUGCCCACCAUCGCCCCUGGCUUACUCGGCAUUGUGAGCGAACCCACACUGAGUCUCUCGGCCAGCUGUGCCCGGAGGCGUCAUAAGGGUUAGGGUUACUUACCUAUCGACCUCCAGCAACGCUACUGCGCUGCACGCUAGGUACCGAGGGGAUCUGAUGAGUGCCAGGUUGAGAGCACAUGCAGUCCAAAAUGUCUUUCAGGACGUCUCGUUUUCACGCAACAGGGGUCUCCAUGCAAAGGUCUUGUUUCAUUCCGAGCCCGCGACCAAUCCUGAAGACAUGCUGGGUUGCUAGGUCGAUUUGCGGCACUUGAAUCGGUCCCAUAGUCGGUCUGACUCGCCAAACUGACCCUCAGGUUCGCCGUUCUAACGGGCCGCUCAUGCGUUCAGCCAGCAUUGAUAGGCAUGAAAUGCAUCCAUUGCAGACAGAUGUGCAGCAACUGUGUAAGGGAUAUGCAAUGAGCGGCGUCUGAAAUGGGGAUGGCGGCUUAGAGUUCGAUUUGCUUAGCUGACGGAAAGGCCCCAGCAGCCAGCCAUAAGAACCGAGCUCCCCUCGUCCAGAGUCGUGGACUCGCCUCAUUCUAAAUUUCCCUGUGGAAAUUGGUACAAAUCUACCAUUGUCUUUUGAAUCAACCCGAUAUCGAUCUUCUAUGGUCGGAGCAAGUGCAUUGCAAAGGUUGAGCUAAAGACAACAUCUGCAAGCAUGGACAACUGGUUUCGACCAAUGGCUACAGCAACUGAGAGCCCGAGACUCGGCAAGGUUCUGUUCAACCAUGAUGAUGGUAAUACCCCGGACUCUACUGCUGGACGUCGUAUAAGACAGGUAGACAAGCCGGCUAGUCACCAGGACGAAUACAACGAGAAUCUGCCGACAUCUUAUCGGCCCCUGGUCAGCGAUAAAUUCAUGGGAAAAGGCAAACCUCCAGCACGGCCACCUCCAGCACAGCCACCACCUAAUUCCGAGGAACUUCCAAGAGGCAAACCUCCAGCAAACCCUCCAGCAAAACCUCCAGCGAAACCUCCAGCGAAACCUCCAGCAAACCCUCCAGCAAAACCUCCAGCAAAACCUCCAGCACGGCCACCACCUAAGCCCGAGGAACCUCGACCAAUCCCUGGCGUCUCGUGAACGCGAGGGCGAUGCCAGUUCUCAGGAUGCUGCAGGAUGCUGGAAGAUGCGAGACUAUGGACGUCUUGAUCUGGCGAGGCUUACAGAUCAGGGCAGCAAAUUGCUAUGAGAUGACGGUUGGAAGCACGGACUACAACCCUACAUUCUGGGAGAUGGUACAUUCCUUUGAUCUUAGGACGAACUGUAGCUCUCUGAUGAUUUAUCGACUCAUAAUCGAGAAGUUCGUCAACACUGAAGGUUCUUGAUGUGCUGUGUUCGCUAAUCUUGAAUGGGAUGACUAACACUCUCGCGUUGGGUAUCAACCCCCCAGGAACAACGAACCAAGGGCCCGAGCCAUCACGUCGGUAGUGAUAUUUCUCGUGACCAUACUAGAGUCAUCCCUGAUUGAUGAAGAGCUGUGUUCAGGAAUCGGAUGAGGCAUCGAACCAGCGGAGGGCUCCCAGACUAGC